CGGGCGGCUCCGGGCGGAGCUGGCGGUGCCCGCCGGUACCCGCCACCUGAGGGCGGGCUUCGUAGCUGGCACUGGCGAAAACGGCAGGGUAUCUUGCUGUAACUGGGGCUUCUAGUCAGGUAAUCGACACCAGCGUUCAAAAAAAAGGAAAAAUACGGCCUGAAAGCUAUCGUUCUGAAGCGCGAAAGUCCCCCCCCCCCUUUAAUGUCGCCCGCCAGAAGCUUCAUUUUGACUGUUACUUUAACUGUGGCGAAAUGACUGCUCUGCUCGGAGAGAAGGCGUGUUCGCAGAGGUGGCUGUCUCCAGAGACGAGAUCCAAGCUCGGUGCCCACCGCCGCGCGUACAACGCAGGACACCUUCAGCUGAGCACCCGCGGUACCCAUGCUGCUCGGGACCCAGGAGGGAACCCCCCCACCAGCAGCCACGUUCCUUGAGCCCCCGAGGAAGCACCCUCGCCAAGUCGGGAAUCACUCUGACUUCUCUGUCUUCCGAGAAAUCAUGUUUUUUACUGAAAAUGAAAAAUCCAGCUCUGGCACUGCCAAAGGAAGAUCCCUUGAAAGAACAGCUGGUAUUUCCAGUGUUGACAAAGAAUAAGGUACCGACGUCUGGGCGAUGCGCCGCACCGGUGAGAAGAGCCGGGGGGGCCGGCGGGAGCCCUGCCCCGCCGCCCCCUGCAGCGGCGGGCGGGCCGUGCUGGGGGUGCUGGCGGAGAACGGGCAGCGCCGGCCCGGCAGCCAGCAGGGUGCUGCUGUUAUCAGACGCUUCUCUGGCUCUGAAAACACCAUCCCUUCAUCUGGAAAAGAUGAAUUGCCCAGCUGCACGGUCAAUGCUGCAUCAAAGCAAGGGUUUGCCAUCUACGUAGAUGAACCAGAACAGAAAGAAAACUACACCUGCCAAGUGGCUGAAGAGCUGGAGUCAAGCCUGUGUGAACUGGAUACUAGUGCAAUGACAUCCAGUAUUCACCUGCUGCUGGAUCUGAGUACAGGAUCUCCUAUGAUAGUGGACACAUCCUUCCAGUCCCAGCCUGAGGAUCACAUGGGAGAUGCCAUAACUCUGACUGUGGGAGAGUAUGCUGAAGACAUUCAUCGGUACCUCCGAGAGGCUGAAGUGAGAUUCAGGCCCAAGCCCCACUACAUGAGGAAGCAACCAGAUAUAACAACAGGAAUGCGUGCCAUCUUGGUAGAUUGGCUGGUGGAGGUAGGGGAAGAAUAUAAACUGCGGACGGAGACUUUGUACUUGGCGGUGAACUUCCUGGACAGGUUUCUUUCCUGCAUGUCUGUUCUCAGAGGGAAGCUGCAGCUUGUAGGAACAGGAGCAAUUCUUCUGGCUGCGAAAUAUGAAGAGAUCUACCCACCAGAAGUGGAUGAGUUUGUGUAUAUAACAGAUGAUACCUACACAAAGAGGCAGCUGCUAAGAAUGGAACACCUGCUUCUCAAAGUGUUGGCUUUUGACCUAACAGCCCCCACCAUCAACCAGUUUCUCCUUCAGUAUUUUCAGAGGCAUGGAGUCUGUAUGAGGACAGAGAACUUUGCGAGGUAUCUUGCAGAGCUGAGUCUCCUUGAAGCUGAUCCUUUUCUGAAGUAUCUUCCUUCACAAACUGCUGCAGCAGCCUACUGUCUAGCAAACUAUACCGUGAACAGAUCUUUCUGGCCGGAAACGCUUGCUGCAUUCACUGGGUAUUCAUUAAGUGAGAUAGCACCUUGCCUGACUGAUCUGCAUAAAGCAUGCCUUGAUGCUCCCCAUUGCCAACUGCAAGCAAUUAGGGAGAAGUAUAAGUGCUCAAAGUACCUGCAGGUGUCUCUUCUGGAGCCCCCAGCAGUUCUUCCUCUACAAUAGAGACCGUGGAUCCUGGACUUAAAGAUUACUUCGUCCCAGUCGGCAAAGCUGGUCAAACAUUCCACAGAGCACUGCAGGUCAUAUGUCUGUAACCACAGAGAUCAGAAUGGUUUUUAGCUACUCUUUUUUAAUUAGAGGCCUUUUUUAAAAAGGAUAUUAGAAUAUAGCUCUUAAUAUAGCUGACAGCACUUUUAAUAAAUGUCUUAUUAUACUGUU